UAGGUGUUACUGUAAUCCAGCAAAACAUGAAUUAUGGUUCGGAAUCAAUGCGAAUAACUUGUCCACAUUGUCACGCAGAUAUUUCAACAAAAGUUGAAACUGAAGCAAAUACUAAAACGCAUCUAAUUGCUCUAUUACUAUGUAUUUUCCAAUGUUGGAUUUGCUUACCAUGUGUUUAUUGCAAUGACAGUUGUCUGGUUAAAAAACACACUUGCCCUUCUUGUAAUCAGUACCUUGGAGCCUGCGAAAAUUAA